AUGUACGCCCUAGGAGCAACCCUUUUUUUAGCGGGGUUUGCAUCAGGUUAUAUUGCUCGUUGGUGGAGACAUGGAUGCAUGAACGGUGAAGAUGACGACUUAUCGGAUAUCGAUGAGAAUGACGCCGUGCAUGAAGGCGACACGUCGGAUGCCUUGCCUGAAGAAUGCAAAAUGGUACUAGGCGUACGCAUGGACUUGAAAAUGGACAAGGGUAAAAUUGCCGCGCAGUGCGGUCACGCGACGCUGGGAUCGUACCGAUCAGCGUUGCGUUUGUGUCCGGAAUAUGUUCGGACAUGGCAAAAGUUAGGGCAAACUAAGAUUGCUAUAAAGAUUCCUGACGAGGAGCACCUGCUCCAGGUACGUGAUGCCGCACGAAAACUUGGUAUCCCGGCCCAAAUAAUUCAGGAUGCUGGGCGUACGCAAGUGGCGCCAGGCAGCAAGACGGUGAUCGGUAUUGGGCCAGCGCCUAAUUCAUUGAUUGAUCAACUUACACGUUCCUUUAAACUAUUGUGA